UACAGUCAGUUUGCGGUCCGCUAUCAAGUUGAGCGCGCGUACUCCGUAAGGCAGGCCAUUGGCAAUUUUUCACGGUCGCCUUGUUGCUGCGAAAUACUCGUCACGUUGAAGUAAAUAAACAAAGAGCCACUCGUGUCGGUUGAGUCACCACGUCGUUAACAGUGUAAACAAGCCUGAAUAACAUGGAUGUGAGCGGGUGAAGUCAAGUGAAUUUGUGAAGUAAAAAAAAUCAUUUAAUUUUUUUUUGUUUUUUUGGAAACAAUGAAAGUAAUGUCAGACAAUGAGGUGCACUUGAACGUCAUCCGUUCGAGAAGCCUGAGAUGAAUUCUGACGUGCAUCGGCAUCAGGCGCAUCCGCCCUUAGCACAGCACGGCGUCGGCGUGCACGGCGGCGCGCAGGGCGUGGGCCCGUGCGGCUGGUACUCGGCGUCGGCAGCGCCCGCGCCCACCGCGCCCGCACGCCUCAAGCGCCAGCCCCCGCACCAGCUGCCGUCCGGCGGUGGAGUGAGUGGAAGCAAUGGUCCUCACGCGCCGCUCUCCCCCACAGCUCUACUCAACUCCGUUCCAUAUAAUAGCGUAAUGUCAUCAUCGGUCCGCGCCGUGGCCCCGCCGCCCGGCGUCGCGCCCGCCGUCAUGCACACCUCGCAGACUACCACCGUACUGCCGAAGGGCGCCAGCGACGUUCUGGUCAACUCGUCCGGCCAGAACCCGCCGCCUCCGGGCAACAGGCUCAUCAACACUACGCAGUGGCCAUGGCACCACGGUGCGAUAUCUCGAGAGCGGGCGGAGGCGCUGCUGUCCGGUUCGCCGGAUGGCGUGUUCCUGGUGCGGGAGAGCACCAACUUCCCCGGCGACCACACGCUGUGCGUCCGCUUCCGCGGCCGGGUCGAGCAUUACCGAGUGAAAUGGGCGACAGCACCCGAUACUCAGAACCAGCGGCUGACUAUUGAUGAUGAAGAGUUCUUCGAUCACAUGUCAGAUCUAGUACAGCACUACCUAAAAGACGCGGACGGAUUGUGCACGAAGCUGGAGCGGUGGCUGCCCAAGUCCUCGCCGACGCCCAACGGCGCCAACAACAACGUGCUGCCGCCCACCUUCCCGCCGCAUCCGCAGCAGCCGCCACCGUACCCGCCGACGCCGUCAGUGUCGGGCGCGGCGCAGUUCCCGCACGCGUACGCGCCGCCCGACCACACGGACGGUCCGCUGCCGCACAAGUUCGUCGAAUCACGAUGGGUGAUAAACGAGAGGGAUCUGGAGAUUCGUGAGAACAUCGGCAAGGGCGAGUUCGGUGACGUGAUGCUGGGCAUCCUCAACGGCACGCAGAAGGUUGCCGUCAAGAUAUUGAAGGACAGGGAGGCCGCCAGCAAGUUCCGGGCUGAGGCCAGCGUCAUGGCGUCGCUAAAACACGAGAACCUGGUGCGGCUGUUGGGCUGCGUGGUGUUCAGCACUAACGGCAGCACGUGUAUAGUGACGGAGCACUGCGCGCAGGGCUCGCUGCUCGACUACCUGCGCAGCCGCGGCCGCCACUACGUCACGCAGCUCGACCAGAUCAACUUCGCAUACGACGCGUGCUGCGGCAUGGAGUACCUGGAGCGGUCGCGCGUCGUCCACCGCGACCUCGCGGCGCGCAACGUGCUCAUCUCCGCCGAGGGCACCGCCAAGGUGGCGGACUUCGGUCUCGCGCGCCCCGACUCCGCGCCCGACGACCCCGCAGACGCGCUCCGAGUGCAGGCCAAACUGCCCAUCAAAUGGACGGCACCGGAGGCGCUCAAGUACAACAAAUUUUCAAAUAAGUCUGACAUGUGGAGUUUUGGAAUACUUCUCUGGGAGAUCUAUUCGUUUGGGAGAGUGCCAUAUCCGAGAAUCCCGCUAGCCGAGGUGGUGCGACACGUGGAGCGCGGGUACCGCAUGGAGGCGCCGGACGGAUGCCCGGCCGGGCCGUACGAGCUCAUGCGGGCCGCCUGGCAUGCGGACCCUGCGGCGCGACCCACCUUCGCCCACACGCGCCUGCGUCUGGCCGCCGAACGCAGCGCCACCGUUGAUAACCAGUGAACCUAUUGAAGACCGCACGGGAUUCUAUAUUUUAUUUAACGAAGAGUAGAGAGCACUGUGAAGAUGUGAGCUGUAUUUUAUAUAAUAAAUUGAUAUAAUAUUUCAUGUAAGUACUAAAUUAUUUUGGUAAUAUUUAAAUACACUUUCUCGCUUAAGAAGUAACCAUAAUAGGAUAGUUUGGAAUUUGGUCAAAGA